AUCAGAUAGAAAUUCAUCUAAGUGCAUGACAAGCUUUUGAUCUGCGUCUUUGUCGAGCUUCACAACUGCAGGACACCAUCGGUCUUCCAGUCAAGCGUAAAAGGUGCCCAAAUUGUUUCCCUGCAUGUCAAUUUCGAUCAUUAAUACGCGGUAUCUCAUUGCUUCUUAGAACAAGAACGGGUUCCAAAAGGAACUGCGAGGAGCGGAAGGACAUCGUGUUACUAGGCCACCGAAUUGGGUAUGGCUAGGAAACGCAAAGGCUUAAAAAGCUCUUUGCCCUCUGCAAAAGCGCAAAAGAAGGCGAAAACGUCGUCUGCAAAGGCGAAGAACCAGGCAGUGGCCCUCCUCAAUGCGCAGCAGCACACAGGCGCCAGCGCUGAUAUCCAGCAGCAAGCCCAGGCUGUUGUCAGAGGCCCCGUUGCCCAAGCAGAGGAGUCAGAGGACCUUGUGGCACUGCAUCGCGUGCGUUUUGUGCCAUGGCAGCCCACAGCAGCCAUUGCAACUGCAGCCUCCUCGGAUGGCAGCGUGCUGGCUGUGGCCAGGGACAACGGCAGCAUUGAGCUGUGGGAGACCGCCACAUGGACCUGCUUCCAGAGGCUGCCUGGCAAAGAAGAGGCGAGCCUGAGCUGCAUGGCGUGGGCUCAAGAUCCAGUGGAUGGCAGUGAGCGGCUGUUCACAGGCGGCCUGGACGGCGCACUGACAGAGUGGAAUGUGCGGACCCGGCGGCCAAUUCAUGUGGGGGACUCCUUUGGGGGCGCCAUAUGGGCCAUGGCCGCAGAGCCCAGGGGCCAGCUGAAAGAAGGGGAGGCGCCGAGGAUGGCAGUGGCGUGCGACGACGGCGUGUUGCGCAUCUUUGCAGCAGAGGGGCUAUCGCCGGGGCUCACAUACGCCCGUUCCAUGCCGGCCCUGGGCAGCCGGCUGCUGUCUGUGGCGUGGCACCCCAGCGGCCGCUCCGUGGUCGUGGGCACCGCUGCCGGCACCAUGCAUGCAUGGGACCUAGCCUCCAACCGCGAGCUCAUGCGCAUCAAUGUUGGGGAUGGCGGCGGCAAGGAGCAAUGCGUGUGGGCAGCGCUGGUGCUGCCAGACGGGACGAUGUUUUGGGACGCCAGAUUAGGCACGAGGCUGGCCAGCUUCCACAGACACGCGGCCGAUGUGCUGGCGCUGGCGGCUGCUCCAGAAGGGAACGCUGUGUUUGCUGCCGGCGUGGACAACCAGCUGGCCGCCUUCAAGCUCGUGACCGGCCAGAAGGGCAAGCCGGAACGGUGGGUGUACACAGAAUCCAAGCGGCCGCACAGCCAUGAUGUGCGCACGCUCACUGUGGCAACCAUUCCUGGCGGCGACCCCGUCCUCGUCAGCGCCGGCAACGACGCCCAGAUCCUCGUGCACUCCGCGCCGCGCUUCUCUCAGGAGCAUCCGGUGCGCGUGUGCAAGUGCCCGCAGCCGCCGCUGCUGGCGCAUGCCUCCGCAGCGGCUCGGCCUCUGCUGCUGAGCUCUCAGGGGACGAAAAUUGAUCUCUGGCGCCUCGGAACGGCCCACAACAGGCAGCAACAUGGAGCGCCGGUGGAUGUUGGCCAGGAGCCGCGUCACCUGGCCAGGAUCGCAGCAAAGGGGCCCGGCCACGUCGCAGCCGCCGCCCUGUCACCGAACGGCAAUGCCCUCGCCUUCUGCGAGGCCGGCCCUGGAUCUCUGCGCCUCUUCAGGCUCUCCUCCUCCCCAGAAUCUGAGGCAGUGGUGCUGUCGAGGCAGAGCCUGCCUGACAAGCUGCCGGCCGCAGCUGCCCUGGCCUUCAGCGCUGAUGGUUCCAGGCUGCUCAUCGCCACCCCAGAGGCCAGGGUCGUUGUCAUCGACCUGGAUGAUAAAGAGGUGAUUGCAACAUUUCCGGAGGCCGCCCAGCAGGAAGAUGCAGCAGCGUGGGGCUCGGGGGGUGCAGGGGCCUCAGGGCGGUCAGCAGCUGCCAGGCUAGCCACACUGGUGACUCAGCUGCUGGAGGGAGGGGCAGUGACAGCGGCGGCGUUUGGGCCGGCAGGGGAUGUGAUAGCGCUGGCAACAGCUGGCAACCAUGUGGCCCUGUUUGAGGCCGCCACGCUGCGCCACACGCCCUGGUCUCUCGCCAACACAGCGCGGCCGCCGCAGCGUCUGCUGCAGAUGCCCGGUUCUGUCUGUGGCAUCUCCUUCUGCCCUGACUCCAAGGUGAAGUCGGCAGUGUUGCACACGACGUCCAGUCUCUGCCACGUUGACUUUGAGGCGCCGUCGGUGGCGGGGGCGGCCAAACGGCGGCGGCGCAGCCGGCUGCCGCAGCCGGACGCCGCGCGCUCGGCCGGGGCCAACUUCCGAGUGCUUCCCCUGGAGAGCCCCUGCCUCCUCUGCACCUACACCUCCACUGAUGCCGCUUUGCUGGUGGAGAAGGCUUGGGCAGAGAUCACAAAGACAUUCCCACCACCAUUGUAUAGGCAUCGCUAUGGAACUUGA